ACGAUAGCCCACCAAGCUCCUCUGUCCAAGGACUUCUCCAGAUUCUACUCCAGUCCAGGACUAUGCCAAUCUGUGGCCAUGUUCCCGCCAGCCAGUCACCUCCUGUCCCUGCUGCUGGUGAUAGACGCAGGGGGCACCGUGCCCAGCCCCCAGGGGGUUCCCCAGGGCUGCUAUGCGGCUGAGGAAGCUGGGGAGCGGACCUUCCGCUGCAGCCAGGCAGGUCUGAGCGCCGUGCCCACCAGCAUCCCCAACGACACCCGCAAGCUCUACCUGGAUGCCAACCGGCUGGUGUCGGUGCCAGCUGGUGCCUUCCGGCACCUGCCUGUCCUGGAGGAGCUGGAUCUGUCCCAUAACAUCCUUGCCCACCUCUCAGGGGCUGCUUUCCAGGGCCUGGCGGGCACGCUGCGCCGCCUUGACCUCUCUGCCAACCAGCUGGCCUCGGUGCCCGUAGAAGCUUUCAUGGGGCUAAAGAUCCAAGUGAACCUGUCUGCCAACCCGUGGCGCUGCGACUGUGCCCUCCAGGAGGUGCUCCGGCGGGUGAGGCUGGCCCCGGGCACGGGGACGGGCAUCGUGUGUGGCCCGGGAGCCCGACCGGACCUCGUGGGGCAGGAGUUCCUGCCGCUGGUCGGGGAGGAAGAGCUGUGUGGGACAGGGCGGGGCGGGGCCCGGCGCAGCACCGACGUGGCCCUGCUGGUCACCAUGGGGGGCUGGCUGGUGCUGGUGGUGGCUUAUCUGGCCCACUACGUGCGGCGGAACCGGGACGAGACCCGACGUCCCCUCAAGCGGGCUCCCGUGCUGCCUGUGCGUUCUGAGGACUCCUCCACCCUCAGCACAAUGGUCUGACGACCAGGGACACUUCUCUCGGCCCUCACCCGGCUCCCCUGUCCUCUCCUCUGACCCCCUCUGCUUCCCCUGCAGCCCCUUCCCAUCCCCCAAUUCCACCCUUCCUCCUCUGUCUCUCCGAAACACCUGAUAUCUCUCAGUCCAACAACACCAUCUUCUGUGCCUGGGAGGUUGAGCGCCUACUUUUGGUACCUACUCUGCUGGUCUCUCAUAAAGAGAAUGAGGGAGAGAGACUGUAACAGUUAUUGUUAUAGAUUCACUGCAUGGAAAAAUAUUUUCCAGAAUUAUGAAUUAAUUAACAGCCUAGAAUUCUUUUUUCAUACUUACGAACUAUAUAAUGAAGGACUGCAAUGCAUUUUGCAUAGCAUUCAUUUGUUUAAAAUUGCUACUUUCUAAAAUUCUCUUGUUUUCACAUUUUGUUGGGGAACCCAACAACUCUACUGAGAAACCCAACUCAGUAGAGUUCCACCCAAGAAAUAGCAAUAGUUGGACAUUUCUGGAUUUUUCCAUAUUGCUUUUUUCUUGUUAUAUUUAUACUUGAUUUUGAAGGGUUGCUUAUGCUUGUGUCACUGCAAGCAAUCAGUACCCAGUCAUCUUGUAACACAGUGAUACUUACUGUACAACAAAGCCUGAGUUUCUACCAACUGUAAGCCCCUAGAGUUAGGUGUCUCCCUCCUAAUCCAUUUAUCUAUACUAUGGCCUUUUCUCCUUACACUCAGCAGGUUCAUAAGGUUAUUUGCCUUUAGUGAUUUCACUUUCUUACAGUAUGAAAUAUGAAGGUUGAUAAAAGGAGAGAUUGCAUCUAAAAAAAAUAAUAAUAAAGAACAGGAAAGCAAAGCUAAAAGAAACAGCAGCUCUAAUUUAUUUCUUUGAGAGUCUCAGGUCUCCUUAAGUGUUGUCCUGUUUUGGCUCUU